AUGAUUCCUCCUCUCUAUAUAAGUGAGGGCUCAGUGUCUCUGUUGUUGGUUAAGUCACCAAAGGGAUUUGAUCCUGCUACCUCCCUCACUCCAGUCAUUGACUCUAGGACUAUUCAAGAAGUUCUUGGAAGAGCAAUUCACUCUUUAUCUCGAAUUGGAGAUGAACUGUAUUUUGAACCCUUGGAAGAAGGGCUUGCCCUAAAGACUGUGAAUUCAUCUCGCUCGGCAUAUGCCAGCUUUGUAUUUGCACCACUGUUUUUUCAGCACUAUGAAGUUGUCAACAUAACUGGACCAUUUGUUAAUAGACAGAGCAAUGGAGAAGAGGAUGAGCAGUUGUUUCGAUGCAAGAUAGUGAUGAAGUCUGCAUUGACCGUGUUUAAGUCAUUGGCUUCCUUGGAAAAGACAGUAGAAAAGUGUAAGAUUUUAUUCAGCCCCGAUCACAGCCGUCUGAUAUUUCAGCUGCACUGCCGAUAUGGAAUCACGAAGACUCACAACCUGUCCUUCCAAGAAUGUGAGUCCUUGCAGGCUGUAUUUGCAAAGGAUGUCUGCCCAAAUGUCUUGAAAGUGCAGGCCAAGGUUCUGGUAGACACAGUUGUACACUUCCCAGUAACAUUGGAGGAGAUCACCAUGGCAGUGUGCAGCAGCAAGAUUCAGAUCAGAAAUUUCAUUGAGGAAGAGACUGACCCUUUGAAAGUGAUGCUGACAGAACUGAGUCUCAGUCCAGAUGAGUUUGAAUUCUUCCAAGUCCUAGAGGAAGCUGACAUCACUUUUUGCCUGAAAGAGCUCAGGGGUUUGUUGUCUUUUGCAGAGUCUUCUAAUCUUCUGGUGAACAUUCACUUUGAUUCUGCAGGAAAGCCUGUGAUAUUCAACUUGGAGGACACAGUGCUGGAAGUGAAUUUUGUACUGGCAACACUGGCUGACGUUUCAGAGCGCUCACAAGCUACACAAAAGGAGAGGGAUGCUCAAAGUCAGAAACAAAGCAGGCAUUCUAGUAAGGCAGCACAUUAUACUGGGGAUGAUGAUUUCAUGAGUGAUGAUAUUGAUUCCUUCAUGAUUGCCAUGGAAACUACUACCCUGGAAGAAGAUGCAAGGGGAGUUAACGAUGUUGCCAGUAAUCUCCCUGUGCCCAGUGUUGCUCCACCACGCAGUCCCACAUUCCCAAUGCAGUCAGGGAGGCGGAGUGGAGCCAACCAACAUACUGAAGAAAGGUUUACUUUACCACCAGAAGAGGAGGCAGAAGAGGAGGAGGAGGAAGAAGCAAACUGCCAUGAUGAUGCAGUCCCAGGGACUCCACCUCAUAAAAAAUUUAGAUCACUCUUUUUUGGCUCCGUUCUGUCACAGAAAACAAGUUCCAAUAAAACGCUGUUGGGUCAGGAAGUGUUAGUAUCAGCCAGUGACAGUGAAGAGGAUGCUUGAGAAGAUGCAGAAAUCACCAGAUCUGUGAAUGGCAACCAAAACACCAUUUUCCUGUUUGUUUUUACAGUGUUAUGGUUCACAGUAAUGGAUGGAGCAUGGACAUGCCCCGCCCGGAGUGUCGUACUAAGAUGGGCACUUUGAAACUGGGAAAGCUGAAUACAGAAAGGUAUAAUCAUGUGGGAUUGCUCCUGCAAGCAAGCAGUACAAGAAGAGGGAGGAAAAAAAGGAGAGAGAAAAAAAAUAUCUCGUGACCACUUUUGUAGUUAGCAGUUUUAAUAGACCAUUGUUGGCUUUGCAAAUGUGGAUUAUCCCAUUACAGAUAGUGCUGUACAGAAGUGUCAAGUUCCAUUAUGACAGCAGCUCUGAAAAAAAAACCUGCUAAAAAUUAGGGAAAAUAAGUACAUUUCUCUCAAACUGUGCUACAAAGUAAGUUCUGUGUAUUACAGUUAACUGACCAAAAGUAAAUGUUUUGUAAUAAAUGAAAGUCUCUUUUUAAA